AUGCCUUCUCCAGCCGAGUCUGCCAGGCUUUUGGGCACCCCUCCACCUUCGCUGGGACCAGUACCCACACCCACCAACCCUCCUCGUCGUGCAAGACCACCAUUGCUUUCGGUGCCUAGUUCACAGUCGGUCAGAUCGGCCCGGUCUGUUCGAAGCAUGGAGCCGGUGAUUGCUAAUUACCGGCUGUGUGAUGUUGAUCUGAUCAAUUUGGAGUCGAUAAGUGACUCGCAUAAGAAUUUCAGUCGGUGGGCAUACAUAAGCUACUAUCUACCGAUUCUACGGUGGCUUCCACAGUAUAAUGCUAAGGAAAGCUUGUUGGGGGACGUUUUGGCUGGGGCCACUAUGGCUAGUUUCCAGAUGCCCUUGGUGAUGUCUUUGGCUACAUCUUUGGCGAAGUUGCCGCCUUUGGUGGGUCUUUACUCGGUGGUGGGUGCCGCCACAGCUUAUGCUAUCUUUGGAGGAGUUCCUGUGCUUGUGGUGGGCCCGCUGCCGGGGACUGCUGUUUUGUAUGGCCAGGUGAUCGAGGAUAUCGUGCAUUCGUCGAAGGAGAUGAAGUUGACCAACUUGGAGGUGAGUGCUACCAUUUCAGUGGGCAUGUCUGCGAUCUUAUUGGCGUGUGGCUUGCUUAAAUGGGGGUUUCUCGAUAAUAUCUUCUCCAGGGCGUUACUUAAAGGUUUCAUUGGCGCCAUGGGUGUGGUGAUGAUCAUCAACCAGUUUGUCAUCCAGCUCGGACUCCAGGACUUGGCUGCGAAAGAGCCUCACCAUUCGAUAAUAGAUAAGGUGGUGUUUGCCGUGACCAACGCUCACCAGGCCCACCGCCUCACCGUUUGCGUGACGGUUUUCACUUUACUCAUUGUGCUUAUCGUGAGAAAGUUCAAGAACACUUUGGUCAAUAGAUAUGGCAUCAAACUGGCCGUUUACAUCCCCGAACUUCUCGGAAUGGUGGUUGUGGCUACAAUCUUGUCGUAUAGUUUCGACUGGGAGAGCAAGGGAGUUGAGAUUGUGGGCGAUUUGACCAAGACAAAGAAGACAAAAGCCGCUGUGGUUGCCGCUGAAUCGAUCAUCAUAAACCCUUUUAAGUUAUCUCGCUUCCCGUUGUUCAAGAAGGUUUUCCAGACUUCGUUUCUUUGCUCCAUUCUCGGGUUCUUCGACUCUACUACUGCAACCAAAGCUCUUGGGGCUCGCUACAACUAUAAUGUUUCUUCAAACCGUGAGCUCGUGGCGCUUGGAAUGUGCAACUUUGCCAUCACCAUGUUUGGUGGCUUACCUUCGUUUGGUGCUUUGGGUAGAUCCAAAGUGAACAUUCUUGCCGGUGCACUGACGCCAAUGGCUACCCUGAUCAUGGCGGCUAUCGUUGUCAUUGCUAUUCGGUACUUACUUCCGCUUCUUUACUAUUUGCCCGAAUGUGUCCUUGCCUUGAGUACAACGAUCAUUGGUUUGACAGUCCUUGAAGAAGUGCCUCACGACAUUGCAUUCUUCUGGGAGAUCGAUGGCUACGACGAGAUCAUUUCUUUGUUGGUAGUCUUUGCAACCACGAUUCUCUGGAGUGUCGAAUCAGGCGUUAUCUUGGCCAUUGUCAUUGCAGUUGUUAGAAUCAUAAAAGCGGGCACCCAAUCACGCAUUCAUAUCUUGGGAAGAGUUCCCAACACUUCGGUUUUUAGAAACGCUGAUGAGCUCAUAGAGGAGAGCUUCUCCACAUACACUGAGGCAGAACACCAGGCCAACUCUGAAUCUACGUCUACAGACAACUUGGCCGAGUUGGUUGCAGAAAUCCAACAAAUAGAGGGCGUUCUAAUUAUAAAGAUACCCGAGCCCUUGAACUUUGCGAACCUGGGUGCAUUACGAGGCCGUCUUAGCCGUAUUGAGAAAUUUGGAACACUACUGGUCCACCCUUCUCAGCCGUCAAACCGAGGCUUUGAAGACGGAGCCAUCAAGUUCGUCAUCUUCGACUGCAAAGGCAUGACGAGCAUAGACGCCCUGGCCACACAGACACUAUGUGAAAUCGUCAGACGAUACAGCGAGGUCAACAAUAUCUGUGUGUCGUUUGCGCGAGUACCCACCAACUCUCAGGUCAGGAACAGGUUUAGGUCACUGGGAAUUGCUGGCAUUGUCAACUCCAACUACAAGCGUUAUGUGAAAGGCAGGUCCUCACAAAUGCUCAGUGGAGGCGGCAGCUCUACUUCAUUACGUACGUACACUGUAGCCACCAGGCUUGGGGACGGUUUUUUCCUUAGCAUUGAUGAGGCCCUUAAGGCUUUUGACAUUGAAAGUGUUUAA